GGAAUAAUAUGUGGGAGAUUGUGGACUUCAUGCUUCCGACAUAGGAACAGGAACAGGCUGGGAAUCUCCACUUCUGAGAGAAUGCUGGGAAUCUGCAGAGGGCGACGGAAAUUCCUGGCUGCUUCUCUGACUCUGCUUUUUGUCCCAGCUAUAACCUGGAUUUACCUGUUCGCUGGGAGCUUUGAAGAUGGAAAGCCAGUGUCACUGUCUCCAAUUGAAUCGCAGCCCCACAGCCCUCGUUAUACAGCCACAAGUCAACGUGAAAGAGAGAGCCUGGAGGUCCGCAUGCGGGAAGUGGAAGAGGAAAACCGAGCACUUCGCAAACAGCUCAGUCUGGUGCAGAGCCGAAACCUGUCCCAUCGUCGAGGGAAUCACUCAAAAACUUAUUCCAUGGAGGAAGGAACUGGGGACAGUGAGAGCCUGCGGGCUGGCAUUGUGGCCGGGAACAGUUCUGAGUGUGGACAACAGCCAGCAGUGGAGAAGUGCGAGACAAUCCACGUUGCCAUUGUCUGUGCUGGAUACAAUGCCAGUCGGGAUGUUGUCACACUCGUCAAAUCAGUCUUGUUUCAUAGACGGAACCCUCUUCACUUCCACCUCAUUGCAGAUGCCAUUGCAAAACAGAUCCUGGCAACCCUCUUCCAGACGUGGAUGGUCCCUGCAGUGCACAUAGACUUCUAUGAUGCAGAUGAGUUGAAGUCUGAAGUGUCCUGGAUACCCAACAAACACUAUUCUGGGAUUUAUGGGCUGAUGAAGCUGGUUCUGACAAAGACCCUUCCUGCCAACCUUGAACGAGUCAUUGUACUUGACACAGACAUUACCUUUGCUACAGACAUUGCUGAACUAUGGGCUGUCUUUCACAAGUUCAAAGGCCAGCAGGUUCUUGGCUUGGUGGAGAACCAGAGUGACUGGUACCUGGGAAACCUCUGGAAGAACCAUCGUCCAUGGCCAGCUCUUGGGAGGGGUUACAACACAGGGGUCAUUCUGCUACUUCUGGAUAAAUUGCGCAAGAUGAAAUGGGAGCAGAUGUGGAGGCUCACAGCUGAGAGAGAGCUAAUGAGCAUGCUCUCCACCUCAUUGGCUGACCAGGAUAUCUUCAAUGCCGUCAUCAAACAGAACCCCUUUCUGGUGUACCAGCUUCCUUGUUUCUGGAAUGUGCAGUUGUCAGACCACACCCGCUCUGAGCAGUGCUAUCGGGACGUGUCUGAUCUAAAGGUGAUCCAUUGGAACUCACCCAAAAAGCUGCGAGUAAAGAACAAACACGUUGAGUUUUUCCGCAACCUCUACCUGACAUUCUUAGAGUAUGAUGGGAACUUGUUGAGGCGGGAACUCUUUGGCUGCCCCAGUGAGGCUGAUGUCAACAGUGAAAACCUCCAGAAACAACUAUCAGAGCUGGAUGAAGAUGACCUGUGUUAUGAGUUUCGGAGGGAGCGUUUCACCGUCCACCGCACUCACUUGUAUUUUCUACACUAUGAGUACGAGUCUGCCCCAGACAACACAGAUGUAACGCUGGUGGCUCAGCUCUCAAUGGACAGACUCCAGAUGCUUGAAGCUAUCUGCAAACACUGGGAAGGGCCAAUCAGCUUGGCGCUCUAUCUUUCCGAUGCAGAAGCCCAGCAGUUUCUACGCUACGCCCAAGGCUCUGAGGUUCUCAUGAGCCGCCACAAUGUUGGAUACCACAUAGUGUACAAGGAGGGCCAAUUCUAUCCAGUGAACCUCUUGCGGAAUGUGGCAAUGAAACAUAUCAGCACACCGUACAUGUUCCUGUCAGACAUUGACUUCUUGCCUAUGUAUGGACUCUACGAGUACCUCAGGAAAUCUGUUGUCCAGCUGGACUUAGCCAAUACAAAAAAAGCUCUCAUUGUACCUGCUUUUGAGACCCUCCGCUACCGCCUUUCUUUUCCUAAGUCAAAAGCAGAGCUGUUAUCUAUGUUGGACAUGGGGACCCUCUUCACAUUCAGGUAUCAUGUCUGGACAAAAGGGCAUGCACCAACAAACUUUGCCAAGUGGCGUACGGCCACCACACCAUACCGAGUCGAGUGGGAAGCAGAUUUUGAGCCAUAUGUUGUGGUAAGGCGGGACUGCCCUGAGUAUGACCGAAGGUUUGUUGGAUUUGGCUGGAACAAAGUAGCCCACAUCAUGGAAUUGGACGCACAGGAGUAUGAAUUUACAGUGCUGCCCAAUGCAUACAUGAUCCACAUGCCGCAUGCUCCCAGCUUUGACAUCACCAAAUUCCGCUCCAACAAGCAAUACCGUAUCUGUCUCAAGACCCUCAAGGAGGAGUUCCAGCAAGAUAUGUCACGCCGCUAUGGCUUCGCAGCACUCAAAUAUCUCACGGCGGAGAACAACAGCUAGCACCACUGGGACUCUGGUGGAAAACAGACUGAAAGGAGGAGCCAUUUAAUGUGUGCGGCCCAGUCCUUUAGCCUGGAACUGAGAGACACCGUUGGUUUUUUGUUUUGUUUUUUAAACCACAUCAAGCAGUUCUAACAAUCGAGAUUUGGAACCAGACGCCUCCAGCCUGUGCUCCCGAGCCAGCACCUGUCUGCCACUCUCAGGCCUUUGGUUUUAUUUCCCACGAGGUGUGAAUAAAAGGGUGGGGGAGGCAGUGCCCACAUCCACUGACAGCACACAGGGAGGCAGGCAUGGCGGGGCAUGGAUAUCUGCUGUUCUUAAAACUGCACAGCAAAAACAGAUCUUGAGAAUAUAGGCUCUCACAUUACUAUUUAAUAAGUCCACAGGUUUUUUUUAAUCGGUGAAGGAAGAUCUGUCGGUCACUGUCCUGUGAAUUAAAAACAAAAACAAGCCCCAUACAUCUGCAAAAGGGAAUUUGCACCUGUAAAUCAGUUGUCGUCUACCCACCGAAGAACACUCUGGGAGCAGGAUGAAUCGGUUUUCUCCUGUCAGGUGGAGAGGAGGCAAUGCCUAACGUUGGCGGUGGGUGUGGUAUAUUAUUUACUGAACACACGCAGUAUGGCAGUAUAGCCGUUUCUAUGGCAUCACUUGGUCAUUGGGGUCUAAAUGCUGUUGGUCUCAAUCCUGCAAUAAGAUGGACUCUCCUCCAACCCCAUCCCGCAUCACUGCCACCGGCUCUGACCUUCUCCCUUCCUUCCAGUCCCAACCGCCACCUUCUGCACUUCAUGUUUAGCCCCCGCAUUAGCAAUUCCCCCGGAAGAUCUAUGGUUGUGCUGUCCACUGAAGGCACCCAAAGCUUAAGCUCAGCUUUCACUCAAGAGGUUUGUUCAGGUGUCUCUCGUUAAACAAGUGGCCAGAUUGGAGCUCUAAGUACUUUUUUUUUUUUUAAGUAUUAGUCUUGGCACACAGAGAUCAUUUUCUACUGGGGGAAAUCACAGUCCAUUGGCUACUCCACUGUACACCUGCCUCGAAGGGCCCCUCUGCCUUUGACUGAAGCGAGUCUCUUGAAGCAGGAGAACAGACACAUGGCAGCUAGGCCUCAGUAGCUGCAGGGUGCAACAGACUCUCGAGAAGAGCUUCAGUAAAGGAGUUUAUUAUAUAAAAGGAGCAAAACUAAAAGGAAUUAACUCCCUGUUUGAGUGGGGGGGAGGGGAGGAGAGAAUGUUUUGAGGAGUCGCGUUGGCGGCAGCUUGAACACAAAGCUGGUUCUGUUCGCAGCCAGCCACUAUGUGUGUGACCAGUCUAGGCAAGGAGUAUGGACAAGCAAACACACACAACACACACAUACAGACAGACACUGGACAUUUUGUUACUUUAUUUUGUUUUCCAGUAUUAAUGUUGUGUUUACAUGGACGGAGGAGAUGAGGUUUAAUGCACUACCCUGAUUUGGGGCUACUUGUAUUUGGUUGCAAUGUUAUUGAGAGAGCUGAAUUUGAAUAAAUGAGAAACAUGUCUCUCUUCCUUCCCCUAACAA